AUGCCCUUUCAGUCCAAGGUCAAGACCAAGACCAAGACCAAGGGUGGCCCUUCUAGAACGUCCAACAACAACGAUAACGUGGAACCAUUUGAUGCCACAAAACUCGAGGUUUUCGACGCUCAGCCAAUAUUCUCCGUCGAUGCUCGAGCAUUGAGGGUGUUUCGCACUUUGCUCUUCGACCCUGAGGUAACAUCGACGCCUAGCUCCAUUCCAUGGGGCGACUUCCUCUAUGCAAUGGCCUCUACAGGUUUCCAGAUCGAGAAGCUCUAUGGCUCUGUCUGGCAGUUUUCGCCUACUAUUUUAGGCAUUGAGCGAGAGAUUCACUUCCAUGAGCCCCACCCAAAAGGCAAGAUUCCUUUCGAAGUCGCUCGACGGCACGGACGAAGAUUGACACGGGCUUAUGGCUGGUUCGGGGGCAUGUUUGUACUCAAGGAGAAACAAUAA